GCGAUCUACAACGUUGUUUUAGGCGCGACGCCGCGGGGCGGCAAUCCCCUGCUCUGGUCUGUCGCCGCCGAGUCGCAUCAGCUCUCGGCCGAGUUGGUGGAUGUUCCGAGGUGCUCGCGCUUUGGCAACAUGCGCAGCAACCGCCCGGACCCCGCGGCGUCUGAAUGGCGGCCGUGUGCUUCGCGAAAGAAAGCGAAUUUGGACAUCCCGAGGAGCGCCUUGGGGUCGCACUUAGAGUCAUUCAACGUGUCGGUGCUCACGUUCGACGGCGCGGCUGCCAAUUUGAUGGGCGGCGCCGUGGAGCAGCUGCGCGCGGCCCUCGACGUUUUCAGCGCGUCGUCGCCAGUGAAG